AGGCUCAAACAUACCCACUAGAAACAGGUCUGACCUUUUAUGGGACACUGCUGAGGCUGUUUGCCUGAGUGCAGUGCUUUUUUCUUUGCUCUAAUGGCGUGUCGAGAUAGUGGGGGCAGUAUAAUUUUACUGUGUUUAGGGCUUUUAGCGUUUGUAACAUCACUUUGCCAUUGUACGAGUUUGACAAGGUUAAAGGCACUAGAUGAAUCGAAUGAGAAGUCAACACAGACUCAAAGUGAAGCUGAAAAAAGUCGUCAGCAACAUGGAAGACUACUGAUUGGACUGAAAUCCCAGCUUGAUGCCAAGCUCAGUGAAACUAAUUCCACAAUGGAUGUACUAGAAGAUGAUGCCGAUUACCAAGCUGAUAUGGGAUGGUGGCAGAUAAAGCAAUUGGGAGAAGGAAUGCAGCAGGAACCACUGGGAAUAGAGCGACUUCUUAGAAUGGAACCAAAAGUUGAGUGCACAGGAGACUCCAUGAAGCUUCUUGUGCAAGGUGCCACCUCAACCCCUGCAACUCUCCUCUUUGUGGACCGUGGAAGUGGCUUGUCUCCCUUGUCACUGUCAAAGUUGCCAUCGAGCUGUGGUUACACCUUCAGGUCAACGCGGAGAGAUUUGGUCUUGGUUGCGCCUUACAAUGGCUGCUUUGUCUCCAUUGAGGAGGACAGUUAUGUUCUCCCACUUCGCUGGUGUGGACUUCAAGUGAGGAUGUCCUGUCCCUUGAUGCAACACAUGUCAAUGAACCCUCCGAUGGUCACAUGUCACAGUGGGGGCAUGGUUGUGACGACAGAGGGGACAAGCUCUGCUUCUAAAAUCCGAGUAAAUGUGAACGGAGAAUGGGAGCCUCUACUUCAGGCAACAAAAAGAUGCAUGUUUAGCAUUGUCGAGCAUCCAGAUGGCGUGGUCAUUUCCAUUCGCUAUGCCCCGUGCAUUGUUCUGAAGGAUGGACUGUACAAACUUGAACUGGCUACAGAUCAGGAAAGCACUAUUUCGUGUCCAUCACUGUAUAUGGCUCAACCAGGGCCCACAAGAAGCCCAGCCACGGAUCCUUUACAGCGACCUGCUGCUCCUCCUGAUCAAGUCAUACAACAGAUUCCAGGUUUUUCUCAAGAUGCACAAAAUCUGAACAUGCCCAAUCAGAAACCGAAGGAGAUGCCUUAUCCCCAUUUUCCAUAUUAUAAUUUUUAUCAAAGUUUCCUUUACCCUCACCUAACAAGUCCAGAGUCCCCACCUGGAGUACAGCCACAAGCUCCUACACUUCCACCAGUCAUUCAAGCUACAAAAAGUCCCCAUCCUCUUCCCUUUUAUCCUCAGUCAAAUCUGAAUGUUAUGCCCACAAGGAGGCAAUCUGUUACCAAACCACCAAACAAAGAUCAAUUGCAUCAAGCCCAUAUUGGACUUCCACCAGUUUAUCCACAAAAACCAACCAGACCACCUUCAAGCCAGCAGAAGUUUCAACCAAAGCCGUCUCACCCAUUUCUUUACCAUCCUCACCAUCCAUCAUUUCAUGUUCCCCAUUUACAACCAAUGGAUCCUAAAAAAGUGCCAAAGAAGCCAUGGCCAACAUAUCCUGGAACACAUGUGAAACCACAGGCAGAGUACCAGCCUUUUUACUACUACUAUCCUCAACAGAAGCCAGGUGUAAAACCUGUCUCUCAGCCAUCACAGCCUGGAGCACCUCCGUUUUACCCCUUUCAUUUGUACAAUCAAUCAAAACCUGACCCAUCCCUUGGCCAAAUGUACCAGUACUUUAACAUGUAUGGUAAACAAGAUCCAACUUCCAAGCCAUCUGAUAUGUCAAAACCUUUACAGUCUCAAAUACCUGCUGGGCACAUGUAUCAAAUGUUUUAUCCAUACAACCAGACAAAGCCUGGGAUACCUUAUGGCCAAAUGUAUCCCCCAUUUACCCCUUACAACCUGUACAGUCAACAGAAGCCAGCCUCAAAACCCUCUGGAACUUCUUACCCUCAAACUCCUCACGGUCAAUUUAAUCAUCUCUACUACCCUUACUAUGUGUAUAAUCAACAAAAAACAAUCCCAACUGCUGUUCCUCAGGCCCCACCUCCUAAGCCCUCUCAGGCUCAACAACCACCAAGGCUUCCACCCAAGCCAGCAGUUCAGCCUCCUUCAAAACCCUCAGCUCCUCAAAAACCACAGCCUGGAGCCCCUGACUUAGAAAACCAGCAGAUGUGCCUGUACUCUCAAUUGGUAGAUGCAAGUCAACAACUAAACAUGCCAGUUGGGGCUCCAGGCUCUGUAACUGAAGUCGGUCAAGGACAAGUACUUGGACCGUGCCAACCUUUAAAGAUGCCAGUCUAUGGAACAAGUGGUGGAGCUCUUGUGGAGAAACCAUUGCCAGGUGCAAAACCUGUGCAGGGCCCAAUGUUUUAUCCUUAUAACCUUUUUUAUCCCAUGCAGUCCCAGCAUGCUACACUUUCUCCAACUACUAAUGUUCAACAACAGGUGAUCAUGUCAUUGGGUGACCAAAAACGGCCAAUCUCUUCAGGACAGACUAUUGCUGUUCCUCCACAAGAUCCCCAGCUAAGUGGUCAAUUUCUGCAACCUGCAUACUGCUCUCAGUUUUGUCCGUAUGGAUAUUCAAACUGCUGUCCACAGAUCGCUUUUCACCAGCAUCUGCAUAUUGCUCCUACUGGUCUUGACAAGGAUGCACCUUGGUUCUAUCCAGGUCUGCCACUCAUGUCCUUAAUGGCAUUUACAGAGUUUAAUAACGGUUUGGAAGCUGCCCCCGUCUCCGAAAAGGUUACUGAAGGAGCAACGUCCCAAAAUAUGCCGUCCAGCAACUUUGCUCAAGCUGUGCCUCAGUCCCUUCCAAAAACGGACGUAAAACAAUCACAACUCCAUCCACCAGAUGGCAAUCCUACUGCACAACCUGGAAGUGGUCCCAGCAAGGCUAAAAAUGAAUUGCCAUUUGAUCCUCUUCUUGGAGAGUCUAUGCACCCCUUCUGGACAUACCUGUCCCAAAAUAUGGGUGGGCUAAACUUGCAAAGUCCUUCUGUUGGGCAAUACAAUGAUCCCUCUGGAUUUUGGUCAGUGGACAAACCAGUAAUGCAAUAUCCGCCUCAUCAGGUUAGCCUUCCAAAGCAGAAACAAAGUCAAUACUCAGUUGGAAGUGAUCCCUCAAGUCCUGGUUUCAUGCCUUAUAUCCAUCCAUCUUUACUUACAGCAAAAGAACUCCAGUCAUUAAACAAAAGGACUACUGAGCAAAAGCAUUAUUUACAUGACUCCCAACGUGAAAUAGAGCGGUUUUUCUCUCCCCACUAUAUGCCCCAGGAUGCACCUGUGCCCAACCAAAAUAGUUCUGUACAAAUGAACUAUUCACAAGCAAAGCUUUUUGAAAUAUUUUCAAAAAACUUCACGAAGCAUGAACAGACUCUGAACUCUCAGCCGCAGAGUUUUGUCUUGCUCCAGCAUGGCCCACCAGGUAGGAAACCUAGCGGUUUAAAUGAACCAGUAUCUUACAGAGAAACUGAUUUUGGUGAAAAGCUUGGUGCUGAAGGAAACCUUGACGGUGCUACUCUGAAUCAGGAGCCUUUGCAUGAAAGCAUCCAGGAGUUUGAAGGAAUACCUGAUCCUUUAAUUGGGAAUGUCAACUUGAUGCCAAGGCUUGAUGAGCCAGGCUUUGAGUUGUCUUUUUCUGCAACUGAGGAUCCUCUUCAAGAACACUCUUCUCCUGAGCAGUCCCCUAGUGUGCCUUUCUUAAAACCUGAUGAUCUGUGGAAAUCCUUAAGACUCCCAGGCUCUAGCCAGAUGUUUCCACCACACCUUCCAGGAAACUUGUUUCAAUUUGGCCCUGCAGCUGAACACCCAACAACUGGAAUGAACAAGCCUCCCCAUGCCGAACAGGAAAAGACGAGAUGAGCUGCCUUUAUUUUGAAUAAAAGUUACAAACUCUGCAAGCUUG